CAGGCUUUUCGGGACCCUAAGCAAAAUUUGGAUAACGGGUGGAUUAUAUUUGCGGGGUUGAAUAAAAGAGAAACCAGACUGUAAAAAACUAUCACGCAUAUCCCCCGCGCACCACACCACCACAUGCUAUUUAUCACCUGCAGCAUGGACCAGAAACCUCCCCAGCUAAGUGUGGCAGAUGUGAAGGAGGAAGUGCAGGACGUCCUCAUAUUGGAUGUGGACGGGGCCGGGCACAGCAGCCCUGACAAGAAAGCAGAGAGUACAGUGUGUCCCGUCUUUCAUGGGGAGGUGAAAGAAGAAACAAUGUUUCAGGACGUGACUGAGGAGAAGCUGGCUGGGAGUGUCAGACCUCUAAAUGACCCAGACCAAGAUGUCAUACCAGGGAGGAGAGUGAACAAGUUCCCCUGUUCUCACUGUACCAUGUCAUACACGUCAGAGACUUACCUCCAUAGACACAUCAAGAAGUCUCACCCUGAAAUGUUUAGCCCUAGUAUGAUACUGAAAAUUCACUGGUGCUCCCAUUGUGGAAAGAGCUUCAGUCAUUUACAAACCCUAAACAAGCACCAGCAGAUUCACACAAAUGAGAAAUCUUACCAGUGCUCCCAAUGUGUGAAGAGUUUCAGUCAUGCAGGACACCUAAACAGCCACCAGUGGAUUCAUACAGUGGAGAAGCCCUACCAGUGCUCCCAAUGUGCAAAACGUUUUCGCCAAGUAAGCGAGUUAAAGACACAUCAACGAAUUCACACUGGAGAAAAGCCUUUUCACUGCUCAGAAUGUGGUAAGAGUUUCAGUCAGUCAGGUCACCUAACAGCACACCAACGAACUCACACGGGAGAGAGGCCCUACCAGUGCUCCCAGUGUGGGAAGAGCUUCAGACAUUUAGGAACACUAAACAAGCACCAGCAGAUUCACACAAAUGAGAAAUCUUACCAGUGCUCCCAAUUUGUGAAGAGUUUCAGUCUUGUAGGACACCUAAACAGCCACCAGUGGAUUCAUACAGUGGAGAAGCCCUACCAGUGUUCCCAAUGUGCAAAGAGUUUUCGCCAAGUAAGCGAGUUAAAGACACAUCAACGAAUUCACACUGGAGAAAAGCCUUUUCACUGCUCAGAAUGUGGUAAGAGUUUCAGUCAGUCAGGUCACCUAACAGCACACCAACGAACUCACACGGGAGAGAGGGCCUACCAGUGUUCCCAGUGUGGGAAGAGCUUCAGUCAUUUAGGAACCCUAAACAAGCACCAACAGAUUCACACAAAUGGGAAAUCGUACCAGUGUUCCCAAUAUGUGAAGAGUUUCAGUCUUGUAGGACACCCAAAGAGCCAACAGUGGAUUCGCACAAUGGAGAAGCCAUACCAGUGCUCCCAAUGUGCAAAGAGUUUUCGCCAAUUAAGCGAGUUAAAGACACAUCAGCGAAUUCACACUGGAGAAAAACCUUAUCAUUGCUCAGAAUGUGGUAAGAGUUUCAGUCAGUCAGGCCACCUAAAGGCGCACCAACGAACUCACACAGGAGAGAGGCCCUACCAGUGCUCCCAGUGUGGGAAGAGCUUCAGUCAUUUAGGAACCCUAAACAAGCACCAGCAAAUUCAUACAAAUGAGAAGUUUUACCAGUGCUCCCAGUAUGUCAAGAGUUCUAGUCUUGUAGGACACCUAAAGAGCCACCAGUGGAUUCACACAAUGGAGAAGCCAUACCAGUGUUCCCAAUGUGCAAAGAGUUUUCGCCAAUUAAGCGAGUUAAAGACACAUCAGAGAAUUCACACUGGAGAAAAGCCAUAUCAUUGCUUAGAAUGUGGUAAGAGUUUCAGUCAGUCAGGCCACCUAAAGGCGCAUCAGCGAACUCACACAGGAGAGAGGCCCUACCAGUGCUCCCAGUGUGGGAAGAGCUUCAGUCAUUUAGGAACCCUAAACAAGCACAAGCAAAUUCACACAGAUGAAAAGCCCUACCAGUGUUCCCAUUGUGUGAAGAGCUUUAGUCAAUUAGCAUACCUGAAGAGCCACCAGCGGAUUCACACAGGGGAGAAGCCAUACCAGUGCUCCCAGUGUGACAAAAGGUUCAGUCAAGUAGGAGGCCUAAAGAUUCACCAGCGCAUUCACACAGGGGAGAGGCCCUACCAGUGCUCCCAGUGUGGGAAGAGCUUCAGUAAUUUAAGUGACCUAAACAAGCACCGGCAAAUUCACACAGGUGAGAAAUCCUACCAGUGCUUUCAGUGUGGGAAGAGCUUCAGUCGUUUAGAUAAACUAAAGGAACACCAGCGGAUUCACACAGGAGAGGCCCUACCAAUGCUCCUUCUGUACAAAGAGCUUCAGUCAUUUAGGAUACCUAAAAAAGCACCAGUGGAUUCACACAGGGGAGAAUGCUUACCAGUAAAAAUAUAUUUUUAUUAAUUUAUAUAAUUUAGUUUUACAGACACUCCUGUACUUACUCUACUUUCAAUUUACGAACUUUCAGACAUACGAAUGAAGAGGCCUGUAAGUCCAAAUUGUGUUAAUUGGGCUCCCGUUUCUUGUCUGCAACAUCAAUUUUUUUUCUGCGCACCAAUUCUGCCUAGUAUGACUUCUGGCCGCUACUCCCGCCGUGCAGCAGUGUAGCGUGCGUACUCCCAGCAUCCUAGUUUUUUGUACUUGCAUAUACCCUUAAAAAGAUGUGGAAUAACGAGUUAUUUCAAGUUAUGAACAUUUCAAGUUACGAAUGGCUGUUUGGAACGUAUCAUUCGUAAGUAGAGGAGCGUUUGUAUUUGGUAAAAAGAUAAAUAAUGACUGUUUUUGUGGAAUUUCUAGUAUUUUAGAUUGUGCCUUUUUUAAAUACUUUAUUUGAAUGUGUGUAAAGUUGACUGAAUAUCAUGAAAAUAAUUGCCAAGUACUUGGUGUUAUAUGUUUUACAUAUAUUACUCCAUCAAAUUAAAACUCAGCUGUAUGAAA